UCGCCAGAGUGUGGCGCUCCUGUUUCCAUGCAGGCGGUGCUCAACUGCUCACUUUGCACCUUGCCUCCCUCCAGCUUGGCUAGCCAAAGUCUCCACGCCCUCAUGUAGUCACUAGCACCUGCUUCUCCUUUUUAUAUAGCCGCUUGGCACACGAGCGCACACAUUUCUUUUUUCGUUCCCGAAAUAACAUCGGAAGCAUUAUUAUUUGGGCGAUUUCGGCUGCAACCAGUCGACCAGGACGCCCCCAUCCCCGGUCACGCUUGUCCUCCCUCGGCCACUCGUCGGUUGAAGUCUCGACGGUUUCCGUUCCACGCUAAUCUUAACAUUGACGUGAAUUAUGUUGGAAUGCUGCAGGAUCUGACCUUUUAUCACAAGAGGCAAGGCAGGCAAACCCCUGAACCUUACACUCUCUGAUAGCCUGCUACUGUACGAUGCCUUUGAGGCUAAAAUGUCUCAAAUGAAGCAUGUUGUCAUGAAAGACAAAGGCCAGGAUGUUGGAACGAAGUUGGAGUGGAGUUACAUUGAAUGGGUGAGAAAUGAAGUUGUCACUUCAGGUGUGGCGAAUGCAGAGACACAAACAGAUCGAGGCCCUUUUGAGCACAAGGGGUGCCAAACCAGCAACCCGGUGAUAAUGCACAUCGAUCUCACACGGACACACUCCAGACUAAGGCAUUCAACCUUGCUAGAUCGUGAUGGCAUGGUAGCACCUUUCUUCCAGUUCGACCGACAGGCUCCCGGCCGCAUCUCAACCUCUCCCACCUUGAGGAGGAUGAGGAGCACCAGGCGUCCAGCUUCGGUCUCCCAGGAUUCCGCAAGGAUGGGUAUUACCAAGGAGGAGCCCUCCCCUGCAAUUUUGUCAUCGCCUUUACACAGAAUAAAGUCUCCCCUCGCUACAAGCCCCCUCCUGUCUAGUGGCGAGGUCUGUCACGAGCAGCCACCAAGUUCAUCCUGUGGCCGACAGAGAACCAGAUCACAUAGAUCAAAGACCUUUGACAAUGGUAUUGCUUCCAUGAAGCCAGAGUGUCGAAGUGCGCAUCCUACUAUUGUUAAAGAUUUUGGCUUUCCUGAUAGUGAAUUACAGGAGAAGGACCAUUGUCCUAAUAGUCUACAGGAAAGGAGGCGGAGCUCUGUAGUGGUCUGCUUACCUGGCUUGGAUGUUUCACCUGGAGACCUGUUUGUAUCUAAUGGAGCAGCUGACAUACUAAACAACAUUUCUGACACAAAGAAGUCAAAAUGGCCUUUUUCAAGGCGUAGCACAACUAAAGGGAAGUCUCAAACAGGAACAUCCGUAUCUGCUAUUGAAAGGUAUCUCUCAACAGCAGAAAUUCAGGACUGGAGGAACUCUGACCUUCAGAAAUAUAAGGACUACACAAUGGCAGAGUUCGUGCAGGACCAGUCCUCCCAGUGGAGCGCCACCUCUGAGCCUGUUGGCUUUAAAAGACAAGAGGCCAUCUGGGAACUCUUCACGAGCGAGUGUGUUUACUUCCUGGAUCAGCUCAUGGUUCUCAAAGAGGUGUUUUUGGCUACACUCACAAACCUGCAGAUGAGAUCCUGUCUGGCUGAUAUUGACACCUGGAGGCUGUUUGCAAACCUCAGUGAGCUUUGCCUGGUAAGCUUUGGUUUCCUUAACAACCUGCUGCACGUCAUCAAGGACUCGUUGGAUGUCACUGAUAGUAACAGAGCCACUCUGCUGGAGCUGUUGAACAAAACUUUCCAGGAGAGCAUAUGCCAUUGCUUACAGAAGUACUGCCUCAAUUACGCCACAGCUUUGCUUUAUCUGGACAGCCUGAAGCCCAGAGAGGACUUUGGGUCUUAUGUCAAGUGGUGCGAGAGCAACAAGCAGUGCCGCAGGCUGCAACUGCGUGACCUGCUGGUGGCGCCAUUGCAGAGGCUGACUCGCUACCCGCUGCUCCUACGGAACAUCGCAAGGCGGUUCGACUCGGAGGAGGAAAGCAGGGAUGCGCAGGCUGUAGCGGAGCAAGUGGACAUGUCGAUAUGUGACUUGGAGGGCAAGGUGAAAUGGUUGGACAACUACCAGAAGGUCAAACAGCUGAGAGACACCCUGGUGUGGCUGCCAGUUUGGGAGCGCGACAAGCGGACCUUCAUCCCCGAGACCGUCAAACAUCUACUAAAAGCCGUGACCCUGGAGAAUCUUAUUUCUCACAGAAGCCUGCUGCAUGAAGGCAAACUGAUUCUCACAGAGAACACCAAGCUCAUAGACGUCUACCUGUUCCUUUUUGACGAGUUCCUGCUCAUCACAAAGAUAAAGAGAAGCAAGAAGAGGUCAAUUGGCCCGGAAGUGAACUCCUUGCGCAUGGUGCAGAACCUGGAGCUGGAUCAGCUGCUGAAGGAAGGAUGCACCUUCACCGUUCUCGACCAGCCCGUCUCUCUGGACCGACUCCAACUCAGGAACAUUGAUCAGCUCAAUGCAUCAACUUCAGGGCUGCCACAUUCUUUUAUAAUUACCCACCAGAACCGCUACCAGCAGUGUAUCGGUGCGUUUGUCCUGCAGGCUGCAUCAGAGUCUUCCAAGAGAGCGUGGCUGUCUCAGAUAGAGGCGGCUGUGUCAGUCCUCCUGAAGCGAGACUCUCAGCAGGCGCGAGUGACCAACACCUCACUGUGGUUGGAGUCGUCCCAGAUCUGACCAUUUUGCUUGCGCGAGACCGUCGGCAUACACUUCUGUCCCCAUGUCGUCCAUAAUGACACUAGCACUAACGUAUACAGUACUGCACGGUGAACUGCUGCUGGAGUAGUUUAUUUGUAGCUUUGCUCAGGUAGUACCUUGUUUCUCUUCUCACGCUGCCUGUGUAUGUGAGCAUCACACCAGAAUGAAUUUGCUUGAUUUUAUUAGGAUUCAUAACAGUGACAAGAAUGAUUACAAAAUGUGUCAACAUCAAUGUGAACCUGCUGAUAUAAAUCUUGUCACUGGAGCAACAGAUCCGAAAAUAAAAUCGAACUUGACUGGA